AUGGCGCCCACCCUGGCCACUGCCCAUCGGCGCCGCUGGUGGAUGGCCUGCACGGCCGUGCUGGAAAACCUCCUCUUCUCGGCAGUCCUCCUGGGCUGGGGCUCGCUGCUCAUCAUGCUCAAGUCGGAGGGUUUUUACUCCUACCUGUGUACUGAGCCAGAGAAUGUCACCAAUGGCACAGUGGGGGGCACAGCAGAGCCGGAGCACGAGGAGGUGAGCCGAAUGAAUGGCUGGCUCAGCUGCAAGGCCCAGGAUGAGAUGCUAAACUUGGCCUUCACCGUGGGCUCCUUCCUGCUCAGUGCCAUCACCCUGCCUCUGGGCAUCGUCAUGGACAAGUACGGCCCAAGGAAGCUCAGGCUGCUGGGCAGUGCCUGCUUUGCUGUCUCCUGCUUGCUGAUUGCAUAUGGAGCAAGUAACCCAAACUCCCUCUCCGUGCUCAUCUUCAUCGCCCUGGCUCUGAAUGGCUUUGGUGGGAUGUGCAUGACAUUCACCUCAUUAACACUGCCCAACAUGUUUGGUGACCUUCGGUCCACGUUCAUUGCCUUGAUGAUUGGAUCCUAUGCCUCCUCAGCAGUCACCUUCCCAGGAGUCAAGGUCAUCUACGACUUCGGCGCCUCCUUCGUUGUCAUGCUCGUGGUCUGGGCCGGCUGCUCCGGGCUGGUUUUCCUCAACUGCUUCUUUAACUGGCCCCUGGAGCCCUUCCCGGGCCCAGAGGACAUGGACUACACGGUGAAGAUCAAGUUCAGCUGGCUGGGCUUCGACCACAAGAUCACUGGAAAGCAGUUCUACAAGCAGGUUACCACGGUCGGGCGCCGCCUCAGCGUGGGCAGCUCCAUGCGGAGCGCCAAGGAGCAGGCGGCGCUGCAGGAGGGCCACAAGCUGUGCCUGUCCACCGUUGACCUGGAGGUCAAGUGCCAGCCCGAUGCCGCAGCGGCCCCCUCGUUCAUGCAGAGCGUGUUCAGCCCCAUCCUGCUGCUCAGCCUGGUCACCAUGUGCGUCACUCAGCUGCGCCUCAUCUUUUACAUGGGCGCCAUGAACAACAUCCUCCAGUUCCUGGUCAGCGGCGACCAGGACGUAGUGAUGGCUACCGUGGGCCUCUACACCUCCAUCUUCGGUGUGCUCCAGCUGCUCUGCCUGCUGACAGCCCCCGUCAUUGGCUACAUCAUGGACUGGAGGCUGAAGGAGUGUGAAGAUGCCCCUGAGGAGCCCGAGGAGAAAGACGCCAACCAAGGUGAGAAGAAGCAGCAGCGGGACCGGCAGAUCCAGAAGAUCACCAACGCCAUGCGGGCCUUCGCCUUCACAAACCUGCUGCUCGUGGGCUUUGGGGUGACUUGCCUCAUUCCCAACCUGCCUCUACAGAUCCUCUCCUUCAUCUUGCACACGAUCGUGCGCGGAUUCAUCCACUCUGCCGUCGGGGGUCUCUAUGCCGCUGUGUACCCCUCCACGCAGUUCGGCAGCCUCACAGGCCUGCAGUCCCUGGUCAGUGCGCUCUUCGCUCUCCUGCAGCAGCCCCUGUUUCUGGCUAUGAUGGGUCCCCUCCAAGGAGACCCUCUGUGGGUGAAUGUGGGGCUGCUUGUCCUGAGCAUGCUGGGCUUCUGCCUUCCCCUCUACCUCAUCUGCUACCGGCGCCAGCUGGAGAGGCAGCUGCAGCAGAAGAGGGAGGACGACAAGCUUUUCCUCAAGCUCAACGGCUCGUCCAACCGGGAGGCUUUUGUGUAG